AUGCUUCUCAAGGGAGGGACCGAGUGCUGGGAGGUGUGCACCAAAAAGCGCCGGCCGAACCGCGCCGGAGGUGGCGCGGGGAAAGCUAAGCAGGUGUCUUUGGUUGCGGUGGCCUUUUGUCUCGGGGUCGGCUUUUCUCGAUCCUUAAGUCCAUCCUGGCGCAAAGCAUUUCUGGAGGAGAUGCGCCACGGGGUUAAGAUCUGGGCUGGAAUCCGGCCGGGGGCUUGCCUUUUGUUCUUUUGCCAGCUAGGUUACGUUUCCGGGCAGAUCCGCUACCCAGUCCCAGAGGAAUCGAAGGAAGGGACCUUUGUGGGGAACAUCGCCCAGGAUUUCUUGCUGGAUGCAGAAAGCCUGUCGGCUCGCCGGCUGCAGGUCGCUGGCGAGGCGAACCAGAGGUACUUCCGCGUGGAUCUGGACAGCGGAGCCCUGCUUGUCAAAGAUCCCAUCGAUCGAGAGGCGCUGUGCGGGCUCAGUGCCAGUUGCGUUGUGCCGCUGGAGUUUGUGACUGAGGGACCCUUGGAGAUGUACCGGGCAGAGGUGGAGAUAGUAGAUGUGAAUGACCAUUCUCCUCGAUUCCCUAGACAGCACCUAAACUUGGAGAUUGGGGAGGCGGCACCCCCAGGGCAGCGCUUCCCCCUUGAGAAGGCUCAGGACGCCGACGUGGGGAGUAACUCCAUCAGCAGCUACAGGCUGAGCCCUAAUGACUACUUCGCCCUAGACGUCAAAAAACGCAGCGACGGCAGUCUUGUCCCAGAGCUGCUUCUGGAAAAACCCUUGGACCGGGAGAAGCAAGCAAACUACCGUCUGGUGCUGACUGCCGUCGAUGGGGGCAGUCCUCCAAGGUCAGGCACCGCGGAACUCAAGGUAUCUGUACUGGACGUAAAUGACAACGCCCCAGCUUUUGAGCAGUCUUCUUACAGAAUUAGUGUGCUUGAGAGUGCACCAGCGGGCACUUUACUCAUCCAGCUGAAUGCCACUGACCCCGACCAGGGUUCCAGCGGCAACAUCACCUUUUUCUUCAGCAACCACACUCCAGAACGUGUGCGCUCCCUCUUUGGCCUGCACUCUACCACAGGGCAAAUCACGCUUCAGGGUCCUCUGGAUUUUGAGGCUGACAACUACUAUGAAUUUGACGUGAGGGCUAGGGAUGGGGGGACGCCGGCCAUGGAGCAGCACUGCAGUCUCCGAGUGGACGUAUUGGAUGUGAAUGACAAUGCCCCGCAGAUCACGCUAACCUCGGAGCUGGGUACCCUUCGGGAGAGUGCUGAACCCGGCACCGUGGUGGCACUCAUUAGCGUACAAGACCCGGAUUCUGGGCCUAAUGGCGAUGUGAGCCUCCGUAUCCCCGAGCACCUGCCCUUUGCUCUCAAGUCUGCGUUCAAGAACCAGUUCUCCCUCGUGACAGCUGCUGCCCUGGACCGAGAGGUGGAAUCCAAGUAUGAGAUUCCGGUUACCGCCUCUGAUGCAGGCUCUCCGCCCCUGAGCACCCGCAGGACGAUUUUCCUCAAUGUUUCCGACGUGAAUGAUAACCCACCUUCCUUCAUCCAGAGGUCCCACGAGGUCUUCGUUCAGGAGAACAACCGUCCUGGGGAUCUUCUCUGCUCUCUGGCAGCCUCGGAUCCAGACUCAGGUUUGAACGCACUCAUCUCUUAUUCCCUUCUAGAGCCCAGAGGUCGGGAUGUCUUGGCUUCUUCCUUCAUCUCCCUCAAUCCCCAGACUGGAGCAGUCCAUGCCACCAGGUCCUUCGACUAUGAGCAAACUCAGACAUUGCAGUUCGAGGUACAGGCCCGGGAUCGGGGUGACCCACCCCUCAGCAGCACGGUGACAGUUCGCCUCUUCGUGCUAGAUCUCAAUGACAAUGCACCUGCGGUACUCCGUCCCAGGGCUAGGCCAGGCUCUCUGUGCCCACAGGCACUGCCUCCAUCAGUGGGCGCCGGCCACCUUGUAACCAAGGUGACUGCGGUGGACUUGGAUUCAGGAUAUAAUGCCUGGGUCUCCUAUCAACUUCUCGAAGCCCCGGAUCCUAGCCUAUUUGCUGUGUCUCGCUAUGCAGGCGAGAUUCGGACAGCAGUCCCCAUUCCAGCUGACCUUCCGCCCCAGAAGCUAGUUAUCGUGGUGAAGGACAAUGGAAGUCCCCCACUCUCCACCUCGGUGACACUGCUGGUGUCUCUAGAGGAAGAUUCACACCCAGCUCUUCCCGACCUCCGGGAGCACUCAGCGAAGCCCCAAGGGGAGUCUCGCCUGACCCUCUACCUUGCCGUAUCCCUGGUGGCCAUCUGCUUUGUCUCCUUCGGCUCUUUUGUGGCAUUGCUCUCCAAGUGCCUGCGAGGUACCGCCUGCGGCCUGAGAUGCCUUGGCGGGACCUGCUCCUGUCUCAGUCGGUCGCGAAGGAGGGAGGGGCUCCCGCCCUCCAAUGGCAUCCUCCGCAUUCAGUUGGGUUCGGAAGAUCCCAUCAAAUUUGUGGACGUGGGCGGUCACUCUCAUGGUUGCACACCCUUGGCUUCAGCACCCUCUCGGAGCGAUAGCUUCAUGAUGGUGAAAUCACCGAGUGCACCUCUGGCAGGGGAGCCUGUCCGCCCAAGCUGUCCACCUUCCGAUCUGCUCUACGGCCUGGAGGUGAGACCCGCAGCCAUGCUGCCCCUAGAUCGGGCAGCGCCUUUGGGCUGGCCUGGCUCCACGCAUGGGGCUCCGAGGCAGUCCAGCGAGGAUCUGACCCCCAUCGCCAGGGCCAAUGAUGAUGAGUCACCAUUUUCAGAGCACUAG